UUCGCGUUUUUAAAAAAAUCAUAGAACCCAUGCGCAUUUACGUGAAUACGUUUAGGAAUUUUAUUAACAACAAUGCAGGAAUUAACACCAAUGGAAGGAAGAACAAUGAAAUUAAGCUACGCGGCUUUCAUUCCUUUACAAUUAAUAACUUCAUUAAUUUGGUACAAAGAAAGGUUUAUAAACCACCAAUUCCGAAACAAAUACCAGUCAAUUCGAUGUAUUUUGGAAUUAAACGCAGCGAUGAAUUUCAAUGGAUGCAGAAUCCCAAAAAUCACGAUGUCCUAAAAUAUAUUAAAGCUGAAAAUGAAUAUACUGAAUCCGUUAUGAAAGGCACCAAAUUGUUACAACAACGUUUAACUUACGAAUUGAAAAAAAAAUUGAUUACUCAAGGAACUGGAACUAUGGCACCUAUAAAAAUUUAUGCGGACGAAUAUGAAUAUUAUACAAUAUUAACUGAACAUGGACUUAAAUAUUGUCGUAAUAAAAAGGGAUUUCCCUCAACUGAAAUGGUUUUAUUGGACUCGAAAUGGUUGAGAGAAACAAAUAAACAUAUUCGAUCGUUAUUAAUAUCACCUGAUCAUAGAAAGCUUGCUUACUUAUUAGAACAAGAGGGCGAAGAAACUGGUGUAUUACAUUUUAAAAAUUUGAAUGAAAAUUCAAUAAUAUAUGAUGAAAAAUUAAAAAAAAUAUUUAAUUUUGUAUGGGGAAGUAAUAGUAAGAUUAUUUACUAUACCAUAACAGAUGAACAACUCAGACCUUACAAAGUUUAUGCGCACCAUAUUGGAAGUUCACCACAAGAUGAUAUUCUUAUAUAUGAAGAAAAGGAUAAAUCAUCAUUUGUUGAUAUUACAGUUACAAAGGACAAGUCCUUUAUUACGUUAAACUCGAAUGGUUUUUCUACUUCUGAAGUACGACUUUUUGAUGCGUAUCAUGAUUUUUCUAAAGGAUUUCCCGAACUAAAACUUAUUGAACCACGCUCAAUAGGAUUAGAAUAUUACGUUGAUCAUCAUGAUGAAUUUCUGUACAUUUUGACGAAUGCUGAUAAUGCACGAAAUUUCAAAUUGGUCCGUGCGAGUCUUGAAAAGUGUGACAAAAAAAACUGGGAAACUAUAUUCACUGUUAAAGAUAGUGAAAAAAUAGAAGAUAUUGAUAUAUUCCGCAAAUUUGCCGUAUUAUUUGCAAAAAGAGAAGGAUUGCCUAUAAUUCUUUGCUACAAUUUCGUUUCGCAAGAUAUGCAUCAAAUUGAAUUACCAACAAAAUUUUGUGUGGUGUCUCCAGAAACAAACAUUGAUUAUGAUACUGAUAUUGUAAGAUUUACUUGUGACUCUCCAUUCGCUCACCCAUCAACAUAUGAAUAUAAUAUGGAAACUAGGAGACUACGUUCAGUAAGAUCUAAUCCUAUCAAUAAUUUUGAUCCCGCCUUAUACACUUGUUAUCGUACUUAUGCAAACGCGUUGGAUGGUGCCAAAAUACCAAUUACUUUAUUACAUAAAAAAUCUUUGACCCUGGAUAACAAAAAUCCAUUACUAAUUCGAUCAUACGGGACCUAUGGAGUCUCCAUUGAGCCUGAUUUUCAACUUGAACAUUUUUCAUUGUUAGAAAGAGGUUGGAUAAUUGCGCUUGCACAUGUUAGGGGAGGCUCAGAAUUAGGUAGCACAUGGUACGACCAAGGACGAUUGAUGAACAAGAAAAAUUCGAUUACCGAUUUGAUUUCGGUAAUUGAUUAUCUUAUUAGGACUGGAUAUUCAAAUCCAUCUCUUGUUGCGUCAAUAGGUGUUAGUGCCGGAGGAUUAUUAUUAGGAGCUGCUUUUAAUAUGCGACCAGGUAGGGGAAUUUUUUUUAAAUAUUCUAAACUUCUUUGAAUAAAGCUGGUAUAUUUUUAUUUGGUUUCUUAGAUCUAUUUCGCGCAAUCAUUUUGAGAGUUCCUUUUUUGGACCCGCUAUCAAGUAUGUUAAAUUCUGAUUUACCACUCACUCGAAUAGAGUAUAACGAAUGGGGAAAUCCUCUUGAGAAUAAAGAAACCUAUGAGUAUCUUGCUAGUUACGCGCCAUAUGAUAAUAUUUCAUCUAUAAAAUCACAACAAACAUGUUCAAUAUUGGUUACGGCAGCCAUGAAAGAUCAAAGAGUUAGUUACUGGCACCCAUUAAAAUGGGUAGCUAGAAUGAGAAUAAAACAACUAAUAGAUAAAAAUGAUAAUUUGUUAAUUUUAAAAGUUGAUAAGGAAAGAGGCCAUUUUGGAGCUGAAAAUGAUCAGUCAAAAAGAAUUAAAGAUGUAGCUUUGGAACUUGCAUUUCUCAUUUCC